AGACGUUUUUUGUUUUUCUCUUCGCAAGGGUUACAAACACGCGCGCUCCGCCGUUUACGAUUAAAAUUUCUAGAGAAACAUACAGAUCAACAGAAAACCUAUAUUUCUAUUCUUGCUGAAAAUAAGUACAAGUUCUAUAAUUUGACUAACAUUUGUUCCUGUAAUUUUGCGUGCCGAGACCGCUUAAAAAAAACAAGCAACGGAAAUAAUUAAUAAUAAAGCGCAGUGCGAUUAAGAAGUGAAUAAUUAAUGUGGCAGCAGUAGCCCACCAGCAACGUGCAAAUUGCAACGGCAAUAGAUUGUGCAACCUGCAACUUGCAACACAGGCGUCAAAACGGCGUUUCUACCGCAACGUCGCCUUUUUGGCGGCGGCAAUGUGCCACCGGCGGUCUCCAUGAAGCACCAGCCGCCGCCCCCGCCACUCCCCCUCAGCCAGCCGCCCGUUUUGGGUGGUGCAGCCGCUGGGGGCGUGGCCAGUGCCAUCAGCAACAUCAACAACAACAACAACAACAUCGAGCCUGUUAAAUGUCGUCCACCCAUUUACCCCAAACCCAAAACGCCCUCGUUCGACAAGGAUCGGGAUUACAUAGGCUUCGCCACGCUCCCGGAGCAAGUGCACCGGAAGUCGGUGAAGCGGGGCUUCGAGUUCACCCUGAUGGUGGUCGGCGAGUCCGGGCUGGGCAAGUCCACCCUGAUCAACAGCCUCUUCCUGGGCGAUCUCUACAAGAACCGACAGAUGCCCAACGUGGAGGAGCGGAUCGAGAAGACGACGAAGGUGGAGAAGAAGACGAUGGACAUCGAGGAGCGGGGCGUCCGCCUUCGUCUGACGGUGGUGGACACCCCGGGCUUCGGCGACGCCAUCAACUGCGAGGACAGCUGGCGUGUGUGCACCCAGUACAUCGACGAGCAGUUCCGCCAGUACUUCACCGACGAGAGCGGACUCAACCGCCGCAACAUCCAGGACAACCGGGUGCACUGCUGCCUCUACUUCGUCCCGCCAUGGGGUCACAGCCUGCGCCAGAUGGACCUUGACCUGAUCAGGCGGCUGCACCGCAAGGUGAACAUUGUGCUGGUGAUCGGCAAGGCCGACUGUCUCAACAAGCAGGAGGUGCGCAAGCUGAAGGAGCGCAUCCUGCAGGACCUCGAGGACAACCACAUUCAGCUGUACCAGUUUCCCGAGUGCGAUUCCGAUGAGGACGACGACUUCAAGCAGCAGGAUCGCGAGCUGAAGGCCUCCAUUCCGUUCGCCGUCGUCGGCAGCAAUACCAUUUUGGAGGUGGCCGGCAAGAAGGUCAGGGGUCGCCAAUAUCCGUGGGGCGUGGUCAACGUCGAGGAUCCGGAGCACAGUGACUUCAUCAAGCUGCGCACCUUCUUGAUAUCGACGCACAUGCAGGACCUCAAGGACACCACGCAGGACGUGCACUACGAGAACUUCCGGGCGCAGUGCAUCUCGCAGAUUUCGCAGCACGCGCUGCGCGAACGCGGCAAGUUGAAGCGGGACUCGAUCAGCUCGACGAACGGAUUCGAUGCGGCCAUCUCGGAGACGGACCGGCUGCUGCUGCAGAAGGACGAGGAGAUACGGAGGAUGCAGGACAUGCUCACCCAAAUGCAGGAGAAGCUCAAGCAGACCCAUCUCAUGGAGAUGAAGAAGAACGACAGCGUGAUCGACGUCUAGGGAAUGGAAACGGGAACGUGUUCAAUUUUGCACCGCGAUAUAUGCAUCUACCUAAUAUAUAGGACCUAUAUGGUGACCCAGAGACAAGAUCCUGGAGCAGCUGCAACCAAAUCGACUUUGUUCAUAAGCUAGCACAGACUUUUAAAACCGCCUCCUUUGGAUCCAGAAACCACAAAAACAAAAACAAAAACAAAAUUACAUACAACGAGACUCCCCGAAAAGCACAAGAAGAAGAAAAAAAAACGACAACUACUUUUGACAUCACAGCCUUUUUCAAUUUUGUAGCUAAGGUAACGAUUUCUUUUAGGAUUACCGAUUUAAUGGAACACAUCUAUCUUGAGGAAUUAGCUAUUGAUCUAUACGAUUACGAUAUUAUACCAAAGUUUAAGGAGUUUCAAAAACUUAACGCAAGUAAAUUGUUAAUGGAAAGAUGAUCAAGAAACCACAGAGGCACAUAGAAGUACCGUUACAAGGAAAGACAGAAACAGAACCCAUAAUUGUUUUAUUUAUUUAUUUUGUAUUGUUCAUUUUGAUUUUCGCAUUGAGUUUUGUUUCGGCAUUCGGAAAGAACCGAAUAACGAGCAAGUUCGCCUGAAUUAUGUAUGUGUAAAGAACUUUUACCCUUUAUAUUGUAAGAAUAUAUCAGAUCGGAUAUAUAUAUAAAUAUGUAUGUGUAGGACAAACCGCUGGAGGUUUUGGCACUGAAUUUCUAUGAAUCGACUUUCAGCAAGUUCCAAUUAUUUAUGCUAAUUACGUAUAAUCAGAUAUAUCUAUGAACAAAACCUAUUUUGUUGAAACGAAUUGUUAAUGAAUUUAUUUUAAAUUAAUCGAUUAAGCCUUUAAGCAACAACCAUAAUAUAUAAAUGAAAUUAUAGUCGAAAAAUUAUAUAUAAACAUAGCGAUUGCUAAAGAUCGAUUUCAAUAAAGAUAAAAACAACUUUAGUGGUGCAUUUAAAAUCGUGA